GCCUUGUCUCAGUCCCUCCUGCCUGCCCUCUGUACUGCCCCCAGGAUGGGCAGCAGAAACUGGAGCUGGGCUCUGGUCUGGGCCUCCGUGGCCUUGCUCAUGGUGUGGCCAGCAGAGAGCCAGGGUCAGGCAGAGCUGAGCUCAGAACAUCUAGAACUCACCGGAGACAGUCAGAGAGUGUAUAGUGACUCCAUAUCCUCAUCCACAAGGCAUGUCACCUUCAUCCCACCUAUCACUGUCUUCCCUAGCAUGAGCGCCUUACACCUGGCACACAAUGGGAGAGUGUGCAGCACGUGGGGUGACUUCCAUUACAAGACCUUUGAUGGUGACGUGUUCCGCUUCCCUGGCCUCUGUAACUAUGUCUUCUCUUCACACUGCGGGGCCACCUACGAGGACUUCAACAUCCAACUGCGUCGUGGUCUUGAGGGUUCCAGGCCCACAGUCACCUAUGUGCUCCUCAGGGCCCAGGGGCUGGUGAUUGAGCUGUCCAAUGGCUCUGUCCUGGUGAAUGGACAUCGGGAGAAGCUGCCCUACAGUCGUGCAGGUCUCCUGAUGGAGAAGAGCAGUGGCUAUGUGAAAAUCAGCAUCCGCCUAGUCCUCACCUUCCUGUGGAAUGAAGAAGACAGCGCCCUGCUGGAGCUGGACUCCAAAUACAUCAACCAGACGUGUGGGCUGUGCGGUGACUUCAACGGGCUCCCAGCUGUCAGUGAGUUCUACACCCACAACACUAGGCUGACCCCUGUGCAGUUUGGAAACUUGCAGAAGCUGGAUGGUCCUACAGAGCAGUGCCAGGAUGUCCUACCCUCAGCUGUCAGCAACUGCACAGAUACGGAGGACAUCUGCCGUCGCACCCUGCUUGGUCCUGCCUUUGACAAGUGCACCGCUCUGGUAGAUGUCAGCAUGUACUUGGAUGCCUGUGUCCAGGACCUGUGCCGCUGUCCCACCUGCCCAUGUGCCACUUUUGCCGAAUAUUCCCGCCAGUGUGCCCACGCAGGGGGCUACCCACAGAACUGGAGGCAUCCUGAUCUCUGCAAUUGGACAUGCCCUUUCAACAUGGAAUACCGAGAGUGCAGUUCACCCUGUGUGGAUACCUGCUCUAACCCCCAGCGCUCUCAACUCUGCGAGGACCACUGCAUGGAUGGCUGCUUCUGUCCCCCAGGAACUGUGCUGGACGAUGUCAGACACUUGGGAUGCCUGCCCCUGGAGCAGUGCCACUGUACACACGGUGGCCGAAUUUAUGCCCCUGGAGAGUCCUUCAACACCAGCUGUAGGUCCUGCACCUGCUUCGGAGGACUGUGGAAGUGCAAAGACCUGCCAUGCCCUGGCACCUGCUCUGUGCAAGGCGGGUCCCACAUCUUUACCUUUGACGAGAAACUCUACAAUGUGCAUGGAGACUGCAGCUACAUCCUGACCAAGAAAUGUGCAGAUAGUAGCUUCACUGUGCUGGUCGAUCUUCGGAAGUGUGGAGUGACAGAUACGGAGAACUGCCUCAAAGCAGUGACACUAAACCUCAAUAGUGGGGACACGGUCAUCCGGAUCCAGGUCAACGGUGCUGUGUUCCUGAACUCCAUCUUUACGCAGAUGCCCUUGUCAGCAGGCAACAUUACCAUCUUCAAGCCAUCAUCCUUCUUCAUCAUAGUACAGACGGGCAUGGGGCUGCAGCUUCAAGUGCAGCUGGUGCCCCUCAUGCAGGUGUUUGUCCGGCUGGACCGCUCCUACCAAGGCCAGAUGUGUGGUCUGUGUGGAAACUUCAACCAGAACCAGGCUGAUGACUUCACAGCCCUCAGUGGGGUGGUGGAGGGCACAGGAGCAGCCUUCUCCAACACCUGGAAGACUCAAGCCUCCUGCCCCAACUCCAAGAACACCUAUGAAGACCCCUGCUCAUACAGUGUGGAGAAUGAGAACUUCGCCCGGGAGUGGUGCUCCAUGCUCACGGAAAGCUCAGGAGUUUUCUCAGCCUGCCAUGCCACUGUUAGCCCGGUGCCCUUCUACUCGAACUGCUUGUUUGACACGUGCAACUGUGAGAACAGUGAGGACUGCAUGUGUGCAGCCCUGUCCUCCUAUGUGUUUGCCUGUGCUGCCAAAGGCGUGCUGCUCAGUGGCUGGAGGGACAAAGUUUGCUACAAGUACACGAACAACUGCCCCCAAACCAAGGGCUACUUCUAUUCAGUGAGUUCUUGCCAGCCUACCUGCCGCUCUCUGAGUGAGGCCGAUGUCACCUGCAGCGUCCCCUUUGUGACGGUGGAUGGCUGCACCUGCCCUGAAGGCACCUUCCUGAAUGACAAGGACCACUGUGUGCCAGUGGAGGAGUGCCCUUGCUACUUCCAUGGAACUGUGGUGGCUCCCAGAGAGGUUGUUACGGACAACGGUGUGGUGUGCUCGUGUACAAACGGGAAGUUGACCUGCCUGGGAGCCCUGAUGCAGAAGAGCACAGAGUGUCAGGCGCCUAUGGUCUACCUGGAUUGUAACAAUGCCUCAGUGGGUCACCACGGGGCUGAAUGCCUCAAAAGCUGCCACACACUGGAUGUGGAAUGUUUCAGCACACAGUGUGUCUCGGGCUGCGUGUGUCCCUCAGGGCUGGUAGCAGAUGGGAAUGGGGGCUGUAUUGCUGAGGAAGAUUGCCCCUGCAUACACAAUGAGGUCACAUAUAGACCUGGGGAGAUCAUCCGGGUAGACUGCAAUAACUGCACCUGUAAGAACCGCCGGUGGGAAUGCACCAACAAGCCCUGCAUGGGUGCCUGUGUGGCCUACGGGGAUGGCCACUUUGUUACCUUUGAUGGUGAACGCUACAUCUUUGAAGGUAGCUGCGAGUAUACCUUGGCUCAGGACUACUGCAGAGGCAACACCAGUACUAAUGGGACCUUCCGAAUUGUCACUGAGAAUGUCCCCUGUGGGACCACAGGAACCACCUGCUCCAAGACCAUCAAGAUCUUUGUGGAGAGCUACGAGCUGAUCCUUCAUGAGGGGAACUUUAAGGUGGUAGAGCAAGGGCCAAGCGGAGACCCUCCAUACAAGAUCAGAUUCAUGGGCAUCUUCCUGGUCAUUGAGAUCCGCAGCGGGAUAGUCGUGUCCUGGGACAGGAAGACCAGUGUGUUUGUCCGGCUGCAGCAGCAUUAUAAGGGCAGGGUCUGUGGCCUCUGUGGGAACUUUGACGACAAUGCCAUCAAUGACUUCACCACACGCAGCCAGUCUGUGGUGGGCGAUGUGCUGGAGUUUGGAAAUAGCUGGAAGUUCUCCCCAUCCUGCCCAGACGCCCCAGUUCCCAAGGACCCCUGCAUUGCAAACCCUUACCGCAAGUCCUGGGCCCAGAAGAAGUGUAGCAUCAUCAACAGUGCAACGUUUGCCGCCUGCCACUCUCAGGUUGACUCUACAAAAUACUAUGAAGCCUGUGUGCAUGAUGUGUGUGCCUGUGACUCAGGGGGUGACUGCGAGUGUUUCUGCACCGCUGUGGCCGCCUAUGCCCAGGCCUGCCGUGAUGUGGGUGUGUGCUUGUCCUGGAGGACACCGGACAUCUGCCCUCUUUUCUGUGACUACUACAACCCUCAUGGGGAAUGUGAGUGGCACUAUCAGCCCUGUGGAGCCCCCUGUCUGAAGACCUGUCGGAACCCAACUGGACACUGCCUCGUUGACCUGCCAGGUCUAGAAGGCUGCUACCCACAGUGCCCAGCCAGCCAGCCCUUCUUCAAUGAGGACCAGAUGAAGUGUGUGGCCCAGUGUGGCUGCUACGAUGACAAUGGAAACUACCAUGACAUUGGCACACAGGUCCCUACAGCUGAGAAUUGCCAGAGUUGUCUCUGCACCCCUGGUGGCCUCCAGUGUGUUUACAACCUUACAGCCUGCACAUGCACCUAUGAGGGCCGUACCUACAACUACAAUGAUGUUGUCUACAACACCACGGAUGGCCUUGGCGCCUGCUUAGUAGCCAUCUGCAAAGACAAUGGGACUAUAGCACGCACAACUGAAGUGUGCCAUGAAGUCCCGUCUACCACACCAUUCACAUUCACCACCACCCUGGCACCCCUUGCCACAAACGGCUCAGCUUCCACUGUGUCUACCGUGUGUGUUCAUGAGGUCUGCCAAUGGUCCAUUUGGUAUGAUGAGAGCCAUCCAGAGGCUGGCAUGUCAGGCGGGGACUUUGAAACAUUUGAGAACCUGAGGAAGAAGGGGCACCAGGUGUGUCAAACCCCCGUUGGCAUCGAAUGCCGUGCAGUGAAAUUCCCUAGCAUGGACUUAGAGAAGCUGGGUCAGAAGGUCAACUGUGACCCAUCCUCUGGGCUGAGUUGCUUCAACAGUGAACAGAGCCCCCCGCUGUGCCACGACUAUGAGCUGAGGGUUCUCUGUUGUGAUUAUGUGCCCUGUGGCUCCUCUCUGACCUUGGGCAUAAGUACCACUCCCUCCCAGCCUGACACCAGCAGAAGACCCUCUUCGCCUACACUUACCACUCAUACAGCAUCCUCAGAAUCACAGUCCUGGACCAGAGAAGAGAAAAAGACAUCAGUGGAUAAAAGUUACAGCUCAAGGCAAACAGUGCCAUUCACUUCAAACAGCAGACUCACUUCAACUUCUAUGUCGUCAGCCAGCAGCCUCCCCCUGUCCAACCCUACCUGGACUACAACAUUGAAAGCGACCGACGAGAACACAAUGCUUAGCUCCCGGACAACAGCAGUAUUCACUUCACAAACCAGGUCCACUUCAAGGCCCAGCACAGUCACACAGCCAAUCAGCAGCCCUGAGACCUCCUCCACCACCUGCCAACCCCAAUGUCAGUGGACAAAGUGGAUCGAUGUAGACUACCCUUCAUCUAGCAUUAAUGGAGGAGACAUCGAGACAUAUGAGAAUAUCAGGGCCAAUGGAGAAAAAAUCUGUGAGAAGCCUCAGGACAUCAGGUGUAUGGCCCAGAACCACCCAGGAGUGAAUGUGGACGAGUUGGGACAGAAAGUGAAGUGUGAUGUCAGCUCUGGUCUGGUGUGCUACAACAAGGACCAGGGAGGCACUUUCCAGAUGUGCUACAACUACCUGAUCAAGGUGCUCUGUUGUAGUGUUAGCCACUGCCAGGGAUCUACCACCCCUGAAGGAUCGGUCUCAACGACAGAAACUGCCACCUCCACUCCCCAGACACUGUCCUCCAAGCCUCUGCCCAACACUAGUUCAUUUGAGACCUGGUCUCCCUCUGGCCCUACCACCAGUAUGGAAGCCUCAGAGAUGCCCACCUUUUGGACCCUGAGGACAAGCGUGUCGUCCCCACCCACCACUCCUCUCACAGUCACCUCAGUGAGCACUCAGCAUCCCAAGAGUCUAGAAUCCUCUGGCAGCCCAUCAGUGGUGACUGCCAGGUCCACCUCUCAAGGUUACUCCCUGCCUCCCAGCAGUCCCCACACUACCAAUUCACUCUCAGCAACAACCUCAAAGGCUUCCUUGUCCAGCAUGACAACCAUCUCCACCUCCCUGACCACUCCUGGGCCCUCCAGUCCUCCUCAUGGAGGCACGACCACACACCCAGUCACCACUGCCUCCACGACCAGAGCAGUCACUGAGACCCUGUCCUCAAGACCUCAUACCAAGACCACCUCAGAGCUCCCUACAGUUUCCUCAGCCAGCUCCACAGCAGGACCUGGCACACAGACCUUCUCCACCACCUGCCAACCCCAAUGUCAGUGGACAAAGUGGAUCGAUGUAGACUACCCUUCAUCUAGCAUUAAUGGAGGAGACAUCGAGACAUAUGAGAAUAUCAGGGCCAAUGGAGAAAAAAUCUGUGAGAAGCCUCAGGACAUCAGGUGUAUGGCCCAGAACUACCCCGGAGUGAAUGUGGACAAGUUGGGACAGAAAGUGAAGUGUGAUGUCAGCUCUGGUCUGGUGUGCUACAACAAGGACCAGGGAGGCACUUUCCCAAUGUGCUACAACUACCUGAUCAAGGUGCUCUGUUGUAGUGUUAGCCACUGCCAGGGAUCUACCACCCCUGAAGGAUCGGUCUCAACGACAGAAACUACCACCGCUACUCCCCAGACCCUGUCCUCUAAGCCUUUGCCCAACACUAGUUCAAUUGAGACAUGGUCUCCCUCAGGCCCUACCACCAGUAUGGAAGCCUCAGAGAUGCCCACCUUUUGGACCCUGAGGACAAGCGUGUCGUCCCCACCCACCACUCCUCUCACAGUCACCUCAGUGAGCACUCAGCAUCCCAAGAGUCUAGAAUCCUCUGGCAGCCCAUCAGUGGUGACUGCCAGGUCCACCUCUCCAGGGCACUCCCAGCCUCCCAGCAGUCCCUAUGCUACCAAUUCACUCUCAGCAACAACCUCAAAGGCUUCUCUGUCCAGCAUGACAACCAUCUCCACCUCCCUGACCACUCCUGGGCCCUCCAGUCCUCCUCAUGGAGGCACGACCACACACCCAGUCACCACUGCCUCUACGACCAGAGCAGUCACUGAGACCCUGUCCUCAAGACCUCAUACCAAGACCACCUCAGAGCUCCCUACAGUUUCCUCAGUCAGCUCCACAGCAGGACCAGGCACACAGACUGGGUCCACUUCAAGGCCCAACACAGUCACACAGCCAGCCAGCAGCCCUGAGACCUCCUCUACCACCUGCCAACCCCAAUGUCAGUGGACAAAGUGGAUCGAUGUAGACUACCCUUCAUCUAGCAUUAAUGGAGGAGACAUCGAGACAUAUGAGAAUAUCAGGGCCAAUGGAGAAAAAAUCUGUGAGAAGCCUCAGGACAUCAGGUGUAUGGCCCAGAACCACCCAGGAGUGAAUGUGGACGAGUUGGGACAGAAAGUGAAGUGUGAUGUCAGCUCUGGUCUGGUGUGCUACAACAAGGACCAGGGAGGCACUUUCCAGAUGUGCUACAACUACCUGAUCAAGGUGCUCUGUUGUAGUGUUAGCCACUGCCAGGGAUCUACCACCCCUGAAGGAUCGGUCUCAACGACAGAAACUACCACCGCUACUCCCCAGACCCUGUCCUCUAAGCCUUUGCCCAACACUAGUUCAAUUGAGACAUGGUCUCCCUCAGGCCCUACCACCAGUAUGGAAGCCUCAGAGAUGCCCACCUUUUGGACCCUGAGGACAAGCGUGUCGUCCCCACCCACCACUCCUCUCACAGUCACCUCAGUGAGCACUCAGCAUCCCAAGAGUCUAGAAUCCUCUGGCAGCCCAUCAGUGGUGACUGCCAGGUCCACCUCUCCAGGGCACUCCCAGCCUCCCAGCAGUCCCUAUGCUACCAAUUCACUCUCAGCAACAACCUCAAAGGCUUCUCUGUCCAGCAUGACAACCAUCUCCACCUCCCUGACCACUCCUGGGCCCUCCAGUCCUCCUCAUGGAGGCACGACCACACACCCAGUCACCACUGCCUCUACGACCAGAGCAGUCACUGAGACCCUGUCCUCAAGACCUCAUACCAAGACCACCUCAGAGCUCCCUACAGUUUCCUCAGUCAGCUCCACAGCAGGACCAGGCACACAGACUGGGUCCACUUCAAGGCCCAACACAGUCACACAGCCAGCCAGCAGCCCUGAGACCUCCUCUACCACCUGCCAACCCCAAUGUCAGUGGACAAAGUGGAUCGAUGUAGACUACCCUUCAUCUAGCAUUAAUGGAGGAGACAUCGAGACAUAUGAGAAUAUCAGGGCCAAUGGAGAAAAAAUCUGUGAGAAGCCUCAGGACAUCAGGUGUAUGGCCCAGAACCACCCAGGAGUGAAUGUGGACGAGUUGGGACAGAAAGUGAAGUGUGAUGUCAGCUCUGGUCUGGUGUGCUACAACAAGGACCAGGGAGGCACUUUCCAGAUGUGCUACAACUACCUGAUCAAGGUGCUCUGUUGUAGUGUUAGCCACUGCCAGCGAUCUACCACCCCUGCAGGGUCGGCCCCCACAACAGGAACUGCCCCCACUGCCACUUCUGGGACUGCUACACAUACUUCCUGGCCUGCGUCCAGCAUGCCUACCAGUACCACAGAGUCACCUUCUUCCUCUGGAAAAACCACAAUCCUUACCACAGCUUCUUCUCUAGCCACAGGCACACCCAGAGAGACUCAAACCUCAUCCUUGCUAACCACUGGUCUCUCCUCAGCCCUCACAACCACAGGGACCACCUCCACAGGCUGUAAAUCUCAAUGCACCUGGACAGACUGGCUGGACAGUGACAAACCCCAACCUGGCCAGUUUGAAGGAGACAUCGAGACCUACUAUCAUAUUCAGAACAAGACAGGUAUCAAGAUAUGCAAGAAACCCGUGGACAUCGAGUGUGAAGCCGUCCUCUUUCCCAACAUAUCCUUCCAGAAGCUGGGCCAGGAGGUGGUUUGUAAUGUGGACUUUGGACUCAUCUGUAGAAACAGCAAGCAGAGUGACAACCAAAUCUGUUUCAACUACCACAUCCGUGUCCUCUGCUGUGAGGAAGAUACCAGCUGUAUCAGCACAACUGGACUACUGUCUACCACCUCCACAUCAGCACCUGGAUUUCCCAGCACAGUCUCCACGUCUACAACAAGCAAGUUGCCAUCAGAGGAGCCAAUACCCUCAACUUCAUUCACAACUCAAAGUAGACCCUCUACCCCCAGGACAGAAAAGAUUGUCUCCAUUGCCACAGCUAGGACUACUGGGAGUUUCCCUGUCUCUAGUCUCUCUACCUUUCCAGCCUCUCCCACUAGCCUUCUCCCAACUUCAGAAGAGCCACAUUCAGGUAAACCAAGCACAAGUUCAUGGACAGCCUCCUCCAAUGUUCCGAGCACUGCCAAGCCAACCACCUCCACUGGCAGACAGUUCCCUAGAACAAAAACCACAUUGUGGAAUAGUCUCCCUUCUAGUACCCCAACCAUGGCCACCAGAUCCAUCCAUCCCAUUUCUACCACAAUGACAACCAAGAACCCUCAAACACUAGUCACCAGUGACAUUUCCAAAAGCAACUCUAUGUUGCCUAGUAGGCCCCAUAUCACAGCAUCUUCAGUCACAUCAACAAGUGGUAGUCAGAUAAGCAAGUCAUACUCCUCCACCUCCCUGACCACUGCUGGGCCCUCCAGUCCUCCUCAUGGAGGCACGACCACACACCCAGUCACCACUGCCUCUACGACCAGAGCAGUCACUGAGACCCUGUCCUCAAGACCUCAUACCAAGACCACCUCAGAGCUCCCUACAGUUUCCUCAGUCAGCUCCACAGCAGGACCUGGCACACAGACUGGGUCCACUUCAAGGCCCAGCAUAGUCACACAGCCAGUCAGCAGCCCUGAGACCUCCUCCACCACCUGCCAACCCCAAUGUCAGUGGACAAGGUGGAUCAAUGUAGACUACCCUUCAUCUAGCAUUAAUGGAGGAGACAUCGAGACAUAUGAGAAUAUCAGGGCCAAUGGAGAAAAAAUCUGUGAGAAGCCUCAGGACAUCAGGUGUAUGGCCCAGAACUACCCAGGAGUGAAUGUGGACGAGUUGGGACAGAAAGUGAAGUGUGAUGUCAACUCUGGUCUGGUGUGCUACAACAAGGACCAGGGAGGCACUUUCAAGAUGUGCUACAACUACCUGAUCAAGGUGCUCUGUUGUAGUGUUAGCCACUGCCAGGGAUCUACCACCCCUGAAGGAUCGGUCUCAACGACAGAAACUGCCAGCUCCAUUCCCCAGACCCUGUCCUCCAAGCCUUUGCCCAACACUAGUUCAUUUGAGACCUGGUCUCCCUCUGGCCCUACCACCAGUAUGGAAGCCUCAGAGAUGCCCACCUUUUGGACCCUGAGGACAAGCGUGUCAUCCCCACCCACCACUCCUCUCACAGUCACCUCAGUGAGCACUCAGCAUCCCAAGAGUCUAGAAUCCUCUGGCAGCCCAUCAGUGGUGACUGCCAGGUCCACCUCUCAAGGUCACUCCCUGCCUCCCAGCAGUCCCCACACUACCAAUUCACUCUCAGCAACAACCUCAAAGGCUUCUCUGUCCAGCAUGACAACCAUCUCCACCUCCCUGACCACUUCUGAGCCCUCCAGUCCUCCUCAUGGAGGCACGACCACACACCCAGUCACCGCUGCCUCUACGACCAGAGCAGUCACUGAGACCCUGUCCUCAAGACCUCAUACCAAGACCACCUCAGAGCUCCCUACAGUUCCCUCAGCCAGCUCCACAGCAGGACCUGGCACACAGACGGGGUCCACUUCAAGGCCCAGCACAGUCACACAGCCAGCCAGCAGCCCUGAGACCUCCUCUACCACCUGCCAACCCCAAUGUCAGUGGACAAAGUGGAUCGAUGUAGACUACCCUUCAUCUAGCAUUAAUGGAGGAGAUAUAGAGACAUAUGAGAAUAUCAGGACCAAUGGAGAAAAAAUCUGUGAGAAGCCUCAGGACAUCAGGUGUAUGGCCCAGAACCACCCCGGAGUGAAUGUGGACGAGUUGGGACAGAAAGUGAAGUGUGAUGUCAACUCUGGUCUGGUGUGCUACAACAAGGACCAGGGAGGCACUUUCCAGAUGUGCUACAACUACCUGAUCAAGGUGCUCUGUUGUAGUGUUAGCCACUGCCAGGGAUCUACCACCACUCCAGGGUCGGCCCCAAUGACAGGAUCAGCAACUACUGCCACUCAGACCCUGAGUUCUAUGCCUCUUCCCAACACUAGUCUGACCGUGACCAGUCCUCACUCGGCCUCCACCACAGCAGCAACAAGCAUCACGGAAACCAGCAGCCCAAGGAGCGUCUCCUCAAUUCAUACAACACCCAAGAUCUUUCCUGAGACAUUACAGUCGACGACUGGCUUGACAACACAGCAAACGUCGUCAACUGGAAUCUGGACAAGUAUGCUUACGGGUACAGCUGGCACUGUCUCCUCAACAUCUCUGUCCACCAGCCUAGAGUCUACUACAGGCAUAACAGAGGUGUCCACCAGUAUGCCCAUGACAUCUACCCUACCAGUAACUGUGACUAAUGCUACUACCCCCCAGGGCACAACACUCUGCCAACCCAAGUGUAAGUGGACUGAAUGGUUUGAUGUGGAUUCACCGACCUCGGGAUCGGUAAAAGGGGACAUGGAAACCUAUGAGAACAUCAGGGCCUCUGGUAAGACCUUGUGCCAGGCACCAGAGAAAAUUGAGUGUCGGGCAGAGAACUACCCUGCAGUGAGCAUUGAUAAGGUUGGCCAAGUAGUAAGCUGCAACCUAGAAACGGGGCUGGUCUGCAAAAAUGAAGACCAGAAAGAUGAUUUCAAAAUGUGCUUUAACUACAAUAUACGUGUGCUUUGCUGUGAUGACUAUAGCCACUGUCCUACUACCACUUACACCACCAUCAAGUCUCCCCUGGCCCCUUUCACAACCUCAGUGUCCUCGAGCAUGGAGUCCACCUUUCAGACUAACCGUCCUGCCAGCCCUUCAGGGCCAAGCACCCAAGCAUCCACAUGGUCUACACUUCCUGACUCAGGCUGUACACCUCGCUGCAAAUGGACAGAGUGGUUUGACGCAGACUACCCUAACCCCGGCCCCAGAGGCGGGGACUUUGAGGUCUAUGCAGUAUUUCGUGAGGUUGGCUACAUCUUCUGCGAUCAGCCCAAGGACAUCGAGUGCCGUUCAGAGAAGGAGCCAGACAGGCCCCUGGAAACUCUAGAGCAGGUGGUCCAGUGUGAUGUGCGAUUUGGGCUGAUAUGCAAAAAUAUCAACCAAUCGGGACCUUUGCAGUAUUGUGACAACUACCACGUGCGCCUCCUCUGCUGUGAUAACUAUAGCCACUGUACCUCGUCACCCAUGGCCACCAUGUCCACUGCUCUUUCUUCCUCUCACCUGCCAUCUACUCACACUUCCCUGGCUUUGAAUACCACGACUUUUUUCCCCGGACUCAGUAGUUCCAGUGAGCCCCACUCCUCUUCCCUGAUGUCUACUCACACCUCCACAAUGUUGACCACUGAGACUUCACCUAUAGCCACUGGCCCCACUGUGGCCCCAUCCUCAACCUCAGGGACCCCUUACACCCCCAAAGUUUCCCCCAGCAGCCAGGUGACCUUCAGUGUGUCUACUGCUUUUUCCUCCGUCUUCAGUACCCCCAGGCCUGUCUUUUCCAGCCAUGCAUCUUCCCCAUCACCCUGUUUCUGUCAGGCAUUUGGGCAACUGUUCUUACCUGGGGAUAUCAUCUACAAUAAGACUGAUGGAGCUGGCUGCCAAUUCUAUGCCAUCUGCAACCAGUAUUGUGAUGUUGACCGCUUCCAGGGUACCUGCCCCUCCUCUUCACCUCCAAUGUCCUCUACCACUGUACCUUUGCCUCCCCUGCUUCCUGGCUGUGAUAAUGCUAUCCCUCCCCGGCAGGUGAAUGAGUCUUGGACCCUGGAGAACUGCACAGUGGCCAGGUGCCAGGGCAACAAUCAAAUCAUUCUCCUUGAGCCGGAGCCUGUGGACAAUGUCACCUGUGCCAACCGUCACUUGCCUAUCAAAGUGUGGGACCAGGAGCCUUGCCACUUCCACUACGAGUGUGAAUGCUUCUGCAGUGGAUGGGGGCACUCACACUACCUGACCUUCGAUGGCACCUCCUAUACUUUCCUGGAUAACUGUACCUCCGUGCUCAUGAGAGAGAUCCACCCUCGCCAUGGUAACCUGAGCAUCCUUGCCCACAGCUACUACUGUGGGGCUACCACAAAUGUCACCUCCUGUCCCCGUGCCCUCAGUGUGUACUACAACUCCAUGGAGAUUAUCCUUACCAUCAGCACCACUGAGAGCGGGAAGGAUGAGAGCCUGAUUAUAUGGGACCAAAUGUGGAUACGAUCAGGCUUCAGUAAGAAUGGUGUGACCGUGUCCUUGAGUGGGGCCACCACAAUGAGUGUCAACAUUUCCACCAUUGGCACCAUCAUCACCUUUGAUGGGAACAUCUUCCAGAUAUGGUUGCCCUACAGAUAUUUCAGCAGCAAUACUGAGGGCCAGUGUGGUACCUGCACAAACAGCCAGAUAGACGACUGCCGCCGGCCUGAUGGCACCAUAGCUUCUGACUGCCAGGACAUGGCCAAAGAAUGGCUGGUGCCUGGGAACAGUAGCAGCAGCUGCUUAGCUCAGCCUAGCCCUCUCCCGAGCACCACUCCCCAGACCCCAGUGUCCAGCACACUGACCUCCACCCCAUGCCCCUCUGCACCUCUCUGUGAGCUGAUGCUGAGCCAGGUCUUCGCAGAGUGCCACAGGCUCAUCCCUCCAGAUGCCUUCUUCAGAAGCUGUGUCAGUGACCACUGCAAUGCCAAUAUUACUGACAUGCUCUGUCAGAGCCUGGAGGCCUAUGCAGCACUCUGCCGGGCCCAAGGUGUAUGUACCAACUGGCGCAAUGCCACUGGAGGCUUGUGUGACCUCUCCUGUCCACCCACUAAGGAGUACAGGCCCUGUGGACCCCUGCAUCCAGCAUCCUGCAACUCGAGGACCCAGGAUAGUACAACUGGGAUGCUGGCAGAGGGCUGCUUCUGCCCUGAGAACCAGCUCCUCUUCAACUCACGCAUGGACAUCUGUGUGUCAGAGUGUCCCUGCGUGGGACCAGACGGGCUACCCAAGUUUCCUGGAGAACACUGGAUCAGCAACUGUCAGGCCUGUGUAUGUGAGCCCGGCUCUGUGUCGGUACAGUGUGAGCCAGUGAAGUGUGAGAGCCAGGAUAAACCCCCACAGUGCACAGAAGCUGGCUUUGUGACUGUGACCUGGCCCAGUGCUGACAAUCCAUGCUGCCCCGAGACACUGUGUGUUUGCAAUUCAACCACCUGCCCCAAGAGCCUGCCCACGUGUGAGCCAGGAUAUGAGCUGGUCCAGACCCAUGAGAAUAGCAGCUGCUGCCCCAGCUACAGCUGUCGACCUAAGCUGUGUACAUACAAUGACACCAUCUAUGGGGUUGGUACAACCUUCCCAGGGGGUCCCUGCCACACAUGCACCUGCCUCUCUGAUGGUGACCAAGAGCCAAAAGUAGAGUGUAAGGAGACGAACUGUACCACCUCUUGUCCCCAGGGCUUCAAGUACACGCUGGUGCCAGAGCAGUGCUGCGGGGAGUGCCUGCAAAAUGCCUGCCUCACACCAGAGGGCCACGCGGUACAGCCCAAUGAAACCUGGGUGAACAGUCCUGUGGACAACUGCACUGCAUACCACUGUAUGGCUGAGAAUGGAGUCUAUGUGCUGACCCCAAUCCCCACAUCUUGCCCUGAUGUAUCCAACUGUACGGGAACCCUAAGGAAAACGGGCUGCUGUUACUCCUGUGAAAAAGAGGACUCAAGUACCUGUCAAGUGCACGUAAAUGCGACUGUCUUGCGGUAUAAGGGCUGUGAGACAGAGGUCAACAUCACCUUCUGCGAGGGUUCCUGCUCUGGAAUAUCCAAGUACUCCAUGGAGGCCCAGGCCAUGGAACGCCAGUGCACCUGCUGUCAGGAGAGCAAGGUCCAUGAUGUAGCUGUAACUAUGCAGUGUCCUGAUGGUACAGUCAUCCAGCACACCUAUACCCACAUCGAUGAGUGCAACUGUGCCCCGGCCUGCAGCUCCCUGCCUGGGACUUCCAUGAUUGCUUCCUAGAGCCCAUUGCUAGAAGGCAAUUGCAUCCCUAACCCCUUAUGUCCCUCCACCUGGGGCAGAACCUGCACAACUGACCAUGAGAACCUUAGGCAGGCAAGCUCCCCGAGGCCCACAAGAACCCUCUGUGGCCCUCACUGCCUCUGCUCCACCCUCCGCCUGCCACUGUUAAGACCAGCAUCAAAGAGGGUGGUGGGGCAAUCAAGAUCCACUUGAGGAGGGUUCCAGGUGAGGAUCUGGCCCUGAGGAGCCUGUUGGCUGUUUUGGCCUCAUUCUCUGUGAGAGCCUGUGGCUGUUAAGGCUCCCCACAGCAAGCCUGUGUGUCCUCUGUCACAUAAAACAAGCCCUGUGUCAGGCAUCUCAUGCUCACAAAAGCAGAUGGGACUGUCCAAGCAAGAUCAGCUACCAGGGAUCUGUAUCAGGCAAGGUGGCUGCCUGCUGGAGGGGCUCUGGGAUCUGGGGUUGAAGAGGGGUCUGUGCUCACUCAUCCCUAAGCUGCAAUAAACCCUGGCACUGUG